AUGUCGUUAGCUUCCUUAGAAGAUGCCCUCGAUAUAGUUAACGCUUUCAAGUUUGACCUUAACGACGUUUGGGCCGCGCUCCUUAAGCAGUGGAACCACCUCCAAGAAGCCUUCGACUCCGUCUAUCCUCCGCCACGCCAGCCAUUCCAGCUUUGGGCCUGCGACAAAGUCCAUCCCAAAGUCUUGACGACUGUUCUUACAGAGCUCUUCCAACAUCACAUCGUCAAGGCAAAGAACCUGCAGCUUGUUACUGUUUGCUUCUUCCUUGGCAUUAAAGUUGCGCUUAAUUUGCAGUGCCUUACAGCCCUUAAUACUCUUUAUUUGAACAAGCCUGAAGUUACCCUAGCCGAUAUUGCCACCAGAGUCUAUCACUUGCAGACUGAUAUUACUGAUUCGUCUAAUAACUUGGCUAGCGACACCAAGUCCAAGGUCACCGCUGACGACCCCACCGCUUGGCCUAUAAGACGACCAAAAGGCAGCCCCCACCCCAAAAAGUCCACAUCCAGUACUCAACCGUUCCCGCCUUCUUCGCCCGUGUCUUCUAUCCAUUUCUCUGACGAGAUAGAGACAGAAGGAGGAGAGCCAGCAAGGGAAGCCAGUGAGCCUGCUGCGCCUCCACAUACUGUCCACGUUGACCUCUGUACGAAAACCCAAACAAGUCAGCAAACAAGACUCAGCCCGAUACAGGAGUAUUCUGAACAGGAAGUGUCAGAGACAUCUACUUUGGAGCAAGGCCGCGGGGACAAAGGAAACCACCACUCUGUCGCUCUCGAGGAUAUAUCAGGCCAGUUCUGCGACUUUCGUGUUUCCGAGGACUCCAACAACGACGACGAAUUUGGCGACGAUAACAAAUUCGAACGCACCCUGCCACCAGUCACACACACUGUUUUUCACAACGACCAAGACGAAGAAGACUCACUUCCGUCUAUUAAUGGUAAGACGCAAUCAACAAGUCCGAUGGCCAACAGCCGCCGCCCUAAUCUUGAGUGGCCCAUCUCACAUCUUGACCGUUUCGAUUCAGGGAAAUGGUUCAACGACGACAUUAUCAACACUCUGCUCCGACGGUUGUGCAGCGACUCGGUUGCCUCGGUGGAAACAGUCGCGCCCACAAGCGCAUGGCGAGCAUGGACAAAAACGCCACAGUGGAUGGAACAAGCGUCCAGGAAAGCGGCAAUGCUCAUGCCUUUUAACCAGAGAGGCAAUCAUUGGGUUCUCUACCACUAUGCUUCCUCCAUCCUCCACGUCUACGAUCCUCUCGGUCAUGAUCUCAGCUGCGACAACAUAACCACCCAACAAGUUGCGCCGUUUGUUUCAAGAGUCUACGGGCUCGCUCUUCCGCCUAGUGCAAUGUCCUUAAAGGGGAACACUCUCCCAGACAGGUUUGAUGGAGAUGUUCUGCGACAGCGAUACCGCAGCAUGUACCUCACAAGUCCCUUUUCUACGCCUGCCGAAAACAUCUGGAAGAACUCAGCCAUUGCAUUCUUCAAGUUCAAGUCGAGCUUUUUGCUCAACGCUGCUGCUUCUAGUUAUGCAGACAGCGACAACCUUUGCUCCUCAAGAAUCCGUGACUUCCUGGCCAACGAAACAGUACAUUUUGGUGUUGGCGCCUCUCUUUCAGGAUUAAAGGCGCUCCACAGGCAGCACCAGGCGCACUUACGCGCAGCAAUGGAGAAAACAGCAGCUCUCACAAUGAUAUCAGAAAAGGAGGCACAAGUAUUAAACCUCAAGGCCAUGUAUCGCUUCGCUCAAAGCCUUACAGCAAGAGUAGGAGACUUUAAUAUGUCACAACAGGUGCCACCUGGCUCAGAUGCCUUGGUGUUAGCGGCCAAAGCCGCAGAGGCCUCUUCGCAAACACAGAUGGCUUUGAUAGAGCCAGAAAACAAUCCUGAUGCCACUCUGCAAACCAUGCGCGCCAAGGCUCAGGGUAUUAAGGCGGAGAUUGCAUGUAGUUACAGGCUCUGCGUGGUGUAUAUUCUUCUUCUUCGAAAGGCAGCAACAUCAUGA